AUGGCGGAGGACGUUCGUCUCAUGCUCGAGUCAGUGGCCACCGCACGCCAGAGAGGAGGAAACGCCUCCGAUCUCGAUGGCGUUGCAGCGUUGUUUGCGGAACACGGGUUUCGGGUACUCGUGGUGGACGCGUCCUUUGUGGGUGAAGAAGCUACGUUUUUUUUUUUUUUUUGGGGUGAACGUGGACGAGGCGGUGCACAUAACCUGGCGCCAGUGCCGCUUGCGGGCCAGUCUGGGAGGGAACUGUACGGGUUGUCGUUCUUGGAGGUGACGGCGGCGAGGGAUGACGAGGACAUGGGCGAGACGACGGCCAUGCGUGACCUGGUGCAUUCCCACGUGGCCGGGCUUCUUAAGAGUCUCUUGACACCUAAAGGGCACUCGCGCGGCACCUACACUGUACACCCCACCGUUCUGCUGAAACUGCGCCAGGGUGAACAGGCAGAAAACACCAUGGAGCGGUUACUGUUGCGUGAGAUUCCGCCUCUCUUGUUGUACCAGGCGAUGAAAGCUCCUAUGUACCUUUUGCAGAUGUUACUUAGCUGCCGGAGUGCCACGCCGUGCUCGCCUGCGCAUUAG